UGCUCCCUCAGUGCGCUUCAUUCAACGGCUGGAUUGAUAUCUCCAGAAACAUGGCUCUGAGAAACACUUCACUUUUACUCUUGGUUCUUCAAAUCUGCGCCACGGCUUGGCAAGCUUGGGCGCUGGUGGAUCUGAAGAUGGAGGACACUGUAGAGGUUUAUAUGGAUGAGACUGCAGAGAUCCCCUGCCUGUACUCCUUCACCGAGGACCCCAGUAUAGUGAUGGUGCAGUGGUUUGUGCGGGCUCCUGGAGGUAAUCGUGUGAGGAUCUCCUACAGUGACCUGACUAUGCAGAAGGUGGAUGCAAACACAAGCUAUAGCAAUCGGAUCACUGUCAGGUCAAACAGUGAUGGAGAAACUCUGACGGUUCAGGAUGUUAAACUGUCUGAUGAGAGAGAGUUCUUCUGCCAGGUCAGUGGGAUGGCAGCAGGCAAUGGUGAGGGCAAGACGCUCCUGAAGGUUUUUGCCCCUCCAGAGCCUCCUGUGAUUGAAGGUGUUCUGUCUGGAGUUUCUGUGUCUGAGGACUCUCCAGCUAAGAUUGCAUCUUGUGAGACCAGAGAUGGCUUCCCCAAACCAAACAUCACAUGGUACCGUGAUCACAUCCCCAUUCACCCUGUGAAUGGCUUGGUGAACAUUGUAACUCUAGUGACGAGGGAAUCCAGUGGUCUGUAUAACGUUCAGAGUGAUCUGCAUUAUAAAGUGAUUAAGGAAGACAAGGAUGCCCAUUUUUCCUGUGAGGUCAGCUACUUUGUCCCAGAAGCUGUCAGGACAGCCGAAUCCAAAGGCGUCAACAUCACUGUUCAUUACCCCACGACCAGCAUGGAGCUAUGGAGAGUAUCGCCCGAGGGCUUGGUCAAAGAGGGGGACACAGUGGAGAUCCGUUGCCAAGGCAACGGGAACCCCCCAGCACCCAUCACUUUCAACCGAGAACAAUCCAAUGUGGAGCUGGAUUCCGAUCAGGGUCUGCUGUUUCUGAAAGAGGUGUCUCGGGCAGACAGUGGUGUGUAUGAAUGUCACUCUCUGGACCUGGAUGCGCUGGAUCAUGAUGAGGUGGUGGAAACCAUACAGCUCACUGUACACUAUCUGGACCCAGCUGUGGUGGUGCCCAAAGACUCCGAGGUCAUGCUGAAAGGGGAGAGUCUAACAGCCACCUGCAAUGCCCUGUCAUCUUUAGAGACCUCUAGUGUUUGGUUUAAGGAUGGGCUUGAGGUCGAAAGAGGACAUGUACUGCAGCUUCAAGAUGCCACGUUUGACACAGCUGGACAAUAUGACUGUGAGGUGACUGUACCGUCUCUCCCAGGCCUGCAGACCAGCGGUUCUGUCCAUAUCAUUGUACAAGGUGCGCCUCAGAUGAAUGAUGCAGAGAGGGAGAUUGAGCUGAUAGAAAGAGUGGGGGUGUGGGUCAAUUUGACCUGUGAGGUGAGAGGUCACCCAAAACCCGUCAUAACCUGGAGCAUCACUGGCAGUCAGAGCUGGCGUGAGGUUGUUAAAAGAGAGACGGAGGAUCAAAUCUACAGUGUUGUGACGAUUAAAGUCAGUGCUGACACUGUAGCAUUUUGCAACUCAUCAAAUGACUUUGGAAUAGAGACCAAGACGUACAGCAUCAGAAGCAUUCCGUUCUCUCAGACUCCAACGGCGAGAAAAACUUCAGCGGAUAAUAGUGGUGUGAUUAUUGUGGUGAUUAUUGUAAGCAUACUGCUGCUGGCCAUCUUGGGCAGCGUCUUCUACUUCCUGUACAAAAAGGGCAAGUUACCUUGUGGACGCUCAGGCAAGCAAGAAAUCAUUAAUGCCUACAGCACCAAGGAGAAGACUAACAAGGAUGACAUUGUGGUAGAGAUGAAGGCAAAAAAGAUGGAAGAGUCUGUGCUACUAAAGGGAGUCAACGGUGACAAUAAACCAACCACUGACCAGACCACUACUCUUAGCUCAUAAAACGGAGGCUUACCAGCGAUUAAAGACCCUAUUUUGUGCCUCCUUGCUGGCCCAACAAUCAAGUCUUUUGACCUGGAGAACUUCUUGUGGAGCAGUCAUCUCUUCUGGAUAAAGUGGACUGUACUUCUUUUUCUUGUUUGUAAGCAGCAGCAUUCACGUUUGAGUAAAUGGGACUUAUGCGAGCUGAUCCAAAAGGGAAGAUCGCUCUCCUUUUUCUACUGAUUCUCAACAUGUUUUUUUUUUUUUCAAAGACAUUUGACCAUGUUCAUGAAACACAAGCAGAAGGAAUUCCUGUGUAAAUUGUUCGUAAAACCAUUUUCAUGUCAAUUUUUUCACUGAAUUGAAUGCGAUAAUUUACGCAAGACCGAUUUUACAAACUAUUUGCUUGUUUUAUGAAUGAGUCCCAAUGUCACAAUGUCAGUUUUAGACAUCAAAAAUGUAUAUACUAUAAAUAUAUUUAGUUAUUGAUCCUACUUGUGACCUUUGUGUGCUUUUUUUUAAGCUCUAUUCAGCAUUUAUUUUAGUGUAUGUUCUUUCAUAACAGCUAAAAAGCAGUUCAGUGUUAGUUUAAAUAUAAAUGCUGUAAUUUAAGGGAAAACAUUACCUAAUAGACAUUGAGAAUAACAUCGAUAUGCCCAAACAACAUAUCAUAUACCCAUAGCCCUUCACAAUAAGAAACCCUGUCCAACCCUGUAAGCAGAUAAACAAGUCAGGGAUUCAACCAAUAGCAAGCUGAUACAUGAUCCAACUUCAUCAAACUACUGCAGAGCUCAUGUACUCUUUGUAAAUAGUCGUAGGAAAGGAAAUUGUAGAUUUUUGUGUUUUGACUGCUGAGGGGAAUUGCAGCUCCCUCUAUUUCUGCCUCAACUGCAGUGCCUGAGGAUAAGUGUCUUCAUUUUACAUCAAAGUUAGUUACACUGAAAGCUUGUGUUGUGUAUUGUUUGUUUUCAACAUUUCUGUGUAUUUGGUGAAGGGGAAAUUUUUGAUUCCUUCAGAAUGCCUUGAAUAUUUGUACAUUUUUAUAAAGAAAAGCAUUAUGUUUUUGCCUGAAAAGGUUUUACCCCUUAAAGUGAUAGUUCACCCAAAUAUUCUCUCAUCAUUUACUCACCCUCAUGCCUCCCCGGAUAUGUGUGAAUUUCUUUCUUCAGCAGAACACAAAUGAAGAUUUUUAGAAGAAUAUUUCAGCUCUGUAGGUCCAUACAAUGCAAGUGAAUUUUGAAGCUCCAAAAAUCACAGUUAGCAUAAAAGUCAUCCAUACGACUCCAGUGGUUUAAUCCAUGUCUUCUGAGGCGAUAUGAUAGGUGUGGGUGUGAAACAGAUAAAUUUUUAAGUCCUUUUUUUUUUUUAAUUCUCCUCCCUGCCCAGUCAGUAUCCACUUUCACAUACUUCUUUUGUUUUUGACAAUUUGCAUUCUUUGUGCAUAUCACCACCUACUGGGUAGGGAGUUUAUAGUGAAAAAGGACUUAAAUAUUGAUCUGUUUCUCAUCCACACCUAUCGCUUCUUAAGACAUGAAUUACUCUUGCAUUUUAUGGACCAACAGAGCUGAAAUAUUCUUAAAUAAAUCUUUAUUGGUGUUCAGCAGAAGAAAGAAAGUCAUGCGCAUCUUGGAUGGCAUGAGGAUGAGUAAAUGAUGAGAUAAUUCUUGGGUGAACUAUCGCUUUAAAGAAAUCUUUUGAUCGAUAGUGUUUUAUUUUGGUAGGGUUUUUUUUGUUUGUUUGUUGUCGUUUUGUUUGUUUUAGAUUUGGAAAAGUGCAUUUUUGAGGCAGUUUCACUUGUCAUUCAGGCAUUACUUAUUAUCUUAUGUUUUCAUGUACAUAAUUUAUACAGUUUCACCGACAUGAUGUUGAAUUUGUUAAUACAGUACAACACAUACUUGACUGUUGUUGCCAGCCCCUAAACUACACAAACCACAUUUCAUUAUGGCUGGACUCAUGCAUUGUUUGAGCUGCACAUCUUAUGGUUAAAUUCCAAAAAUCUGAAAAGUUGACUGAUUUUGAGCAUUUUUGUGUUCACCUUAUUGUCCUUCACAAGUCAUGGUUACUUAAAAACAACAGUUACUUUUACAAUAAUGGAUGUAACAGAGAAACACAGGCACCUUUUUUGUUUGCAUGAGUUGCAUUGUUAAAAUGUUAUUUUAGCAAUCUUUGUGUUGUCUAAAGAUUAGUGCGAGCCAUUUGAGACUAUUGUCAGAACACUGUUAAGCCUCUGCUUAUUACACUGGCCUGUGGACCUUUCCUUGCCUGUCCAUGUGAGAAAAAUAUGUUUUAAAAGUGCAAACUAUCAUUAUCAUUGUAGAGUGUCCACUAACACAGUAAUGUCAUGUUUCAUGUUUGUUGUAAAUUAAGUACUUGUGGUUUGAUGCUUGCAUUUUUAUAUAUAUUUGCUUCUCAUUUUUUGGCCAAAAACAAUAAAUAAAAAUACAAAUAAAGAUAUGUUA